CAGAAACAAAUAUAAGCGGCCCCGGGGCGCUGACCAGGUGCCAGUUGCCGAGUCCCCAUCCCAAGGCUAGGAGGAAGGCGAGGAGAAGCAGAACGCAGAGGCGCGGGGCCCACGCACACGGUGAUCGCCGCCCCAGCUCGGGCGGCGCCCCUGUAGGUCACCCCCACCCCGAGACCCGGAGCCCAGAUGGAGACGGUCCAGGAGCUGAUUCCCCUGGCCAAGGAGCUGAUGGCUCAGAAGCCCAGCGCGAAGCUGGUGCGAAUGUACGUGUUGGGCGGCGUGCUGGCGCUCUUCGGCGCCGUGCUCGGCCUGAUGGAGACCGUGUGCGGCCCCUUCACGGCCGCCGACCGCCAGCGGGAGCGCGAGGCGACCCUGGCCGAGUUGCGGGCCGCCGGCGGGGAGCCGGCCCCGCAGGAACAAGACAAGCCGCUGGAGGCCGUCCAGGGCUGCCGGGCCCUGUCCAACCGGCUGCACGCCUCCUAGGAGCUCGGGGCGGCAGGCGGAGGGAAGAGAAGAGAGACACCCAGAGAGGGGCGAGUGAGCCAGAGCCGGAAGGGCAGGCUCGAGUGGGCGUCCUGUGCCGUCUGAACUUGCUUCUGAGAAGCCACCGACUUCUAGAACUGCACUACCACGCGGAUCCAAAAGGAGCUUGGGACUGAGUUCGCGCCAAGUGCAGCCCUGCAGGAAGACACCACGUCCAAAGCUAGGUACCUUCGAGCCACCUGAGUGCAUCUAGCAUUCUGCACUAGGGUGAAAGGAGGAGAAACACUUUUUAUAUUAUUGUUGUUGUUAUUAUUAUUAUAAUUAUUACAGUAAUUGCGUUUUGAAAUAAAAAACGUUUUGUAUAUA